AUGGCCAUCUUCGGCAAGAAGAAGUCCGAUAAGGACAAGGACAAGGACAAGGAAAAGGAAAAGCAAACCGGUUCUCAGGUCCAGUCCGCGAAUCCCACAAAUGGCGACAGCAACUCCUCCAUGUCACCCCCGACGGACUCGUCGGCCAAGCCUCCACAAACGUUUCAACAACAGCAGCAGCAACAGUCGCCAUACUCGGGCAUCCCUACACCUAUCGGCUCUCACAUUCAGAACAAAGGUUCCUUGUCAGGCCCCAUCGGCAGCGCUCCCAUGGGCAGCGGCUUUGCCCCUCAGCCUGGCCAACCCGCUCCUUCGGGCAUCCCUACCCCCACCACGGGUCCUCUCGGAGCCGCUUCCGGCUUUCGUUUUGGUGGACCCGCACCUCGCCCCGAUGGCAUGAGCUCAGGUAUCCCCGCGCCCGGUCAGCAUUCCCUUCGUUCGCGCAAAGUGAGCGAGCAGGGCGGUCCGAUCAACGCUGCGCCUGGCCCUGCAUCGAAUUUUGGUCUGGGAGCGAUGGGUAGUCCACCCAACGGCAGCGUCUCCGGUCUGCCACCCGCCUCAUCUGGACCGAACGCCGGGCCUCCUCUUUCCAACUCCAAUGCUCCUGGACAGCCUGUCGGUGACAAGGGUCGCUCUCAGUCGGUCGUGUAUCCAUGGAGUCAGCGCGGCCUCGCCAUGAACCCCCCCAAGUUCCUCGACGAGUCCCGCCAAGCACCUCCAGGUGCACUCAGCCCCUUCCCCUUCCCACGCUACGGCCAUGCCGUCAAUCAGACAGCCAGCACCACCGGCGAGCUCUACCUUUUCGGAGGUCUCGUCCGUGAAAGCGUCAAGAACGACCUCUACACCAUCUACGUCGACAAGCUCGUCUCGCAGACGCCUAAUUCGCCGCCCGGUGUCGACGCCAACCAGCUCUACGCCAGCGCAACCCUCGUACAGACCACAGGCGAGAUCCCGCCUCCGCGAGUCGGCCACGCCACCGUCCUCGUCUCCAACGUCCUCAUCCUCUGGGGCGGCGACACCAAGGUGCGUGCUGACGACAAGCAGGACGAGGGACUUUACCUGCUCAACCUCAGCACACGAGAGUGGACCCGCGUCAAAGCCGGCGAUGGUCCCGAGACGUGCCCUGUCGGCAGGUACGGUCACAGCGUAGCCAUCGUCGGCUCGCGCUUCUUCGUCUUUGGUGGUCAGGUCGACGGCACCUUCAUGAACGAUCUCUGGUGCUUCGAUCUCAACAGCCUCAAGGGGACGCCCACCUGGCAAUGUCUCACGUCCAACGGCGAUGCACCGCCCAAGCGUACGGGACACGCCAGCGUCACCUACAAGGACAAAAUCUACGUAUUUGGUGGUACCGACGGCCAGUACCACUACAACGACACGUGGUGCUACGAUAUCAUCGCAGCCACAUGGAAGGAGCUCUCGUGCAUCGGCUACAUUCCUGUGCCCCGCGAAGGCCACGCUGCCUGCCUCGUCGACGAUGUCAUGUAUAUCUUUGGCGGUCGUGGCGUCGACGGCAAGGAUCUCGGAGACCUUGCCAGCUUCAAGAUCACCAAUCAGCGAUGGUACAUGUUUGCCAACAUGGGUCCCUCACCCAGCGGUCGAUCCGGGCAUGCCAUGUCCACCUUCCAAAACAAGGUGGUCGUUCUCGGUGGCGAGAGCUUCACCGGCGCCAAGCCCGACGAUCCGGCUACCUUGCACGUCCUCGACACGGCCAAGAUCAAGUACCCUACCGACAAUGCUUCUCAAAUCAAGAAUCCAGCUGGUUCCCAGAUUCCCAAGUCCAACAUCACCUCGCCUGGCACCAAUCUCCCUUCCAGUGCUGGUGCUGCGGCUGGUGCUGCUGGUGCAGCAGCGGCAGUCGGCGCCUCACAGAUCCCAGGGCCCAACGGAUCGGCACGCGGCCCAAUGUCACCUGUUUCAGAGGCAGACGAACGUCAAAGAGCCGUUUCGCCCACCACGCGCACAACAUCCAAGCCCACACAAGACGGCGCGCCAAUGUCGCCGGAUCGUGGUGUCAAUCAGACCUUUGCGCAACAGCAGCAGCCGACGCAGGUGACCCCAGGCGCCGUCGCCGGUUCCGGACCAGUGCAACCGCAGACGCAAGUACCACAGCAGGGUCUCAACCAGCCUUCUGCUCCCGCUUCUUCGCUUCAAAAUUCGCAGCCUCCUUUCCAGCAGCCACUGCCGCAAGGCACCGUCAACGGCGAGCCUUCGCUGGGCGCCGCGCCGGCUGCCUUGGGCAUUCAGCAACGACAAGCCCAGCCACCUGCGCAGACGCAGGUGCCUGUGCAGACCCAGCCUCAUCCCUAUGCUCAGCAAGUCGGACCGGGUGCAGGCUCCAACAUUGCACCUGGGUCUGGUCCGGCGCCGUACGGCGGACCACGCAGCCAGCGAUCCAUCGAGAAUCUGCGUGGAGGAGGUGCACUUUCGCCCACCAACAUGAACUCGAUGCGAAGCAUCAAUGGUGUCGUCAGCAAGAUGGACUCGCCCGCCACUGCGCCACAAGACGGUUUCCACUAUGGCCGCGCCACCAGCCCGCCUGUCACCAACGGAUACAUGUCGCCUCAACCCGCUUCCGCCGAAGUCGAUGCGCUUCGCAAACGCGAGGCUUGGUACAAAGCAGCACUUGCUCUCGCAGUCAAGAAGGGCUUCGUGGAACCAGAUCAGCUCAACAGCGGCGACAUCACCAUGACCGACACCCAAAGCGUGUCCUCCGAGCGAUUGAGUCUGGACGGCAUCGACACCGGCGCCGAGGGCAGCGACAAGGAUCGCGUGCUCAAGACGCUCAUCUCUCUCAAAGCUCAGCUUGCCGGCGCCAAGGCCACCAUCGCGCAGCAGGCGCAGGGAGAGGCGGACCGCCACGCUGAGUCGGACCGAGCCCGCUCUGCCGCAUUGCAGGAGGCUGCUUACUACCGUGCUAAGCUGUCGGCCAUCGAGUCCGGCAACGGCGACGAGGUGGGCCGCCUCGACCGCGAACGUGCCAACAAGCUCGAAAAGUCGCUCGCCGAUGCGCUUCGCGAAAGCGCUCAACUCGAACGUCAGGUCACGUCGCUUCGUGAGCAGACCAAGCUCGAGCAGCAGUUCCGUAGCGCCGCCGAGGAGAGGCUCUCCGAGACGGCCAAGCGCGCCAUGGCUGCCGAGGCUGCGCAGAUGAAGGCGUACGACGAGCUCUCGUCGCUGCAGAAGCGCAGCUACUCGACCGAGAGCGCACUGCGCGAACACACCGAGCAGGUCACGACGCUUUCGUCGCUGGCAGCGCGUCACAAGGCCGACCAUGAGCACUCGCAAAGUCAACUGGAAGACGCCAAGGCCAACGUCGCCGCGCACCUGGCAGCGCUGACGCAGCUGCAGGCGGCUCACGCGUCCGUCUCGACGCGGGCUGGCGAGUACGAACGACUGCACAAGGAUCAGCGCGACAUGCUGCAACAGCACCAGCAGACCAUCUCUGAUCUUAAGGCGCAGCUCGAGGCCAAGUCGAGCGAGGCCUCUCAUCACGCCUCACGGGCUGUCGAGCUCGAGACGCUCGUCUCGCAGCAUCGACAGGAAGCCGAGGUUCACCGCACGGCCGCCACAAGCGGUCUUGCUGCUCUUCUCGCCCAGAAGGACCAGGCGUCGACACGCGAUCUCGGAGCCUCGACCGCCGUUCCCCAGCACGUCGAGGACAAGAUGAGGGCGUUGGAGGACGAGGCGGAAACUCUGCGCCAGCUGCACAUGGAAGCACGCCAGAUGGCCGACGAGCAUUCGACAUCGCUGCAGGACAUGCAGGAUCGCCACUUGACGAUGGAGAAGCAGCACACCGCUCUUCGCUCGGAGCUCACGGCUCUCCGAAGUCAGCUUGCCGUUGCGUUGCAGGAAGCGGCGCGACACAAAGACGUUGCGAGCUCAAAGGAUCUCGAGCUGCGCGAUCGCAACCGCGCCAUCGAGGCUGCUCAGGUCAAAUCGAGCUUGCUCAAGCAGUUCAUGGCGGAGCGCGGCGUGAGCGUGCCCAACGACGACGAGCUGAGCGUCAAGUCGGGCUACGCAGACCGUCACAUCCGCGAGCUGGAAGAAGAGAUCGAUGCGCGUGCACGCGAAGUGCAGGAAGCAGAGCACCGCUUGCAAGACUCGGAGAGCCGCGUCGAAGAGCUCACGCGGCAGCUCGAGCAUCACGCCUCGCUCAACGCCAGCCGCGGCACCGCUGACAACACGAGCGUCGCUGAAGCCGAGCGACGCGCGCAGCACGCAGAACGCGAGCUUGCCGAGACCACAGCGUCGUACAAGGAGCGUAUGGCGCAGCUCGAAAACGACUACCAGACGGCAGUGCAGUUUGUCAAGGGUACUGAGAAGAUGCUGCGUAGGAUGAAGGACGAGCUGACCAAGUACAAGACCGAGAACGCCAGCUUGCAGAACGAGGUGGCGACGCUGCGUUCGCACGGUGGCGCUGCAAGGUCGAGCACGGAUGACGGUGCGCGCUCGGAAGAGGCAGCACGCGACAUUGAGGCACUGCGAAGUCACCUGGCCGACGUGACGCAUCAGAGCGAGGAGAUCGCGGCCGAGAACCGCGAGCUGGAGCGAAGGGUGGCGCAGCUUGUCGCCGAACAGCAGCAACACCGCGGUUCGUUGGACAAGACGCGCGACGCAUCGGACAGCGGACACUCGGGUCGCAAGGUGAGCGAGCUCGAAGCCGAGGUGGCUCGACUGCAGGCCAACUUGGCCGAGUCACGCAAGCAGCUUUCGCAGGGACACGAGGCGAGCGUCUCUGGAGACUCGGCAGCGUUGUCUCGAUCGCUCACUGCUGCACACACGAGCAACGAGCAGCUGAAGCGAGACAAUGCCAGCCUGCAGCAACGGCUGCACGAGCUCGACGACAAGUUCCAAUUGCUUCUGGGGCGCAUCGAGUCGACGCACGAAGACGGCGGUGAGCGAGCGCGCGACAGCAUGGCGUACGGUAGCAUUGCUUCGGAGCUCGACAAGUGGGAACGCGAUCGUUCGCUGGGAGAGGCGGAUGCGUACGGUCUAGCUGGUGCUGGUCAAUCGGCGCAUGCGGCAGUUCAGGAGGUACUGCAGGCCUCGCCGCCGCUGUCGAGCGCCGAAGCGUAUGCCAAAAGGGCGUAA